AUGGCCCCAAGCGCGAGCGACUCCGGUGGCGGGCCGCUGUCAUACAUGGAGAAGCUCUCCAACGAGAUAUCUGUAUAUCGUCCGCCUGGAUACGACCCCGGGCCUUCCGGUGAUGUGGCCAACGCCAAGGCGAGCCCGCGGCUCAUCAUUAUCGGCACCUGGACUGACGCACGGGACUCGCAUAUUGCUAAAUACAUAUCAAAAUACAAACAGCUGUACCCGGCUGCCUCCAUUCUUCUGUUGAGGAGCACGACGAGACUCUUCAACAACACGUCGUUGAUUGGGCCGGCAGUUCGGCCAGCAUUGGACAUUAUCAGAGAGUUCUUCCCUCCAUCACCGCCAUCUUCACCUCCAUCGUCGUCUAUCGCGACGCCAUCCCUCCUAAUACACAUCUUUUCCAAUGGCGGCUCUGCAAGCAUCUCCAAUUUAUAUGAGCAGUAUGCUGCAACAUCAGAGAAUGCAGAGGACACGGUACUACCUCACCAUGUCACCAUCUUCGACUCAAGCCCUUCGGUAUUUCGCAUCCACCAAACGGUCGCGUAUCUCACCACCGGCUUGUCCUCGCCCACGCACCGAAUGGUAGCCAUUCCCACUUUGUACACCAUCGCCACUGGAAUGUCAGCAAUGAUCAAUCUCGGUUUGUGGAAAGACGUGCUUCUCCAUUGGGGCAAGAGCCACAACGACCCUUCCAGGGUGCGCGAGAGGCGGCGGGUAUAUAUCUACAGCGACGCGGAUCCGGUCGUGAGUCACUUGGACGUCGAAGCACACGCAGGUGAAGCCGAGAAGAACGGUUUCGAGGUCUACAGGGAGCCCUUCGCCGGAUCGGGCCAUGUCGCACAUGCCAAAGAGGAUGAGGUUAGGUACUGGGAGAUUGUGAGAAGUAUCUGGAGUGGAACACCAAGAGCUAAAUUAUAA